AUGAAUUAAUAUGAUCGAAUUAGACCUAUUGUAUUUUAAAAGGCUUCAGAAGUUAACUAUAUUAGAUCUAAUUCGUCGGCUGUUCGAUCAUCUCCACUCAGAUAAAAAUUGGAUCAAUCUUUCGAUUUGUAAGCAGAUUCAACCAAAAAUCAAACUAACACAACAUUGAAAGACAUCAGUAAUUAUAAAAAGCUGUAUGUGAGUGAAUCAUGUUAAAAUAACAGUAAAGAAAACCAGCUCUCUGGCAAAAAUUUCUCCUUCCGAUUGGAAGAAACCUCUUUUUUGAAAUAACGAAUUAAACAACUUGAAACUCUUAAUACAAACCACAUCUCUGAAAAUAAAAAGUUGGCCCAUGUUUUAGACUAAUAAAUACAAUAACAUUAAUAACUUUAAGAAUAAUAUUAAUAGAAAAAUUAAAUAAUAAGAAAAAUAGAAGAUGUAUAAAAAGCAAACAAAUACUAAUUAACAAGUAACACAGAGCUCAAACAACUAAAUGAACAAUUAGUUAUGUCCAAGUAGGUUAUUAGUAAUUUAGAGGAGAAAAUGCAACUUAUUCUACAGGAUAAUCAAAAAUUGAGUUAAGAAAAUGACAGAUUUCAGUUCCAGGAUCAACAGUUAAAAAUCUAAUUAGAUAAGUAUAAGAGCAGGUGCUCAAUUUUAGAGACCAAAUUGAAAUAAACACAAGAUGAAUCAUAAUGUUUAGAAUUACAGCGAAAAAUUAAAAAAUAGAAUGAAGAUAUUGAGUUAUUGUAAAGGGAGAACAAUGCUAUGAAAGAAUAAUUGAAUUAAAAUAAUAAUAUUAUUUAACUUCAAGAGAAAGACAAAUAACCAUCUCAAAAUGUAGACAAAUAUAGGGAAACGAUUUAAGAAUUAGAUUGCGAAAAUAAAUAUUUAUUAAAAGUAAUAGAGAUCGAUUAGUAGAAGAUGAAGAACCUAGAAGAGAAGCUGAAUUUAUUGACAAAGGAAAAUCAGAGAUUGACAGAUAUAGUAAAGAAUCGUCACAAAUAAUGA